UGGACAGUAAGUGGUCCAUUCAGUCAUUUGAAAAACAAACACCAAAGCCAACACAGGGCACUUGCCGGAAUCCACUCGAAGAUUCAUAAUCAUUCACGUAGAUAACAUGGCAGGCACCAAAGUAAGCCUGAAACUUGUGGUAGACAAAAGGAAGCAACGACUGCUCUUUGCUCAAGCAGACAAAGAAUUUGUUGAUUUCCUCUUCAGCAUUUUCAAUCUGCCCGUCGGAACUGUCACUAGGCUCCUCAAAGAGGAAGACAUGGUAGGUUGCUUGCCAAGCCUCUACAAGAGCAUUGAAAAUAUGAGCGAUGCUUGCUUUCGGCCAGAACGGAACAAAGAUUUCCUGUUAAAACCCAGAGUAGUCAUUCCUGGUCUUAAAGUCGUCCCUCCCCUCUUGCCAAAUGUUGAUGAGUUAUUUAAAUGCAGGAAAAAAUCAAAUUCUAUCUGCAAUAACAGCGGUUGCAGCGCCUAUCGAACCCACGAAAUCGAAUGUAAGCAGGAGAGUUAUAUAUGUUCUCAUUGCAUCGAUUUCAUGGACAGUACCUCUAAAGAGGCAGGUUACGUGAAAGGGAUGGUUUCGUACAUGGUGAUGGAUGAUCUGGAGGUGAAGCCCAUGUCCACCAACUCCGGUAUCACUCUGCUAAGAGAGUUUAAUGUAAAGGCAGCAGGGGAUAUUGUGGAGAAAGUGGUCGAUUUGGGCAUGUGUGAGGGUCUGAAGUUGCUCAAGGCUUCUCUGCAAUCCAAGACGGUUCUGACUGAUGUCUUCCUUCCAACCGAUGGAGAUCUUUAAAAGAAGCGAGUCGUUGCAUAUAUUGUAUUGGUCUUGUAAUUUAUAGGUUCAAGUGUAUGAACCAUGUUACUCAAAUCUGGUGUGGCAGUGUGUUUAUUGUGUUAUGCUUUAUGAAAUCAGUAAGCAAACUUCUGUUAAUCAACAUGCAAUUUGCAUA